AUGACAGUCCACAUGCGGCUCGACCAUGUCCCUGAGCCUCCCUCUCUUUCUUCGAGAGUCAACGAACCUUCGAGACGGCUUCAGACACCAACCGAGUCCAUUACACCAACGAAUACGGCUCAAACAGUUUCGCAUUCAGACCCUAUUCCCAUUCAUACCCCUCUGCUGUCGACGCAUGUCCAAUCAAGCAGCAGCCGCCUAAAUGCCGAUAAUGGAGACACCAAAUCACAAGCUGCAGACCCAUGCUGGUCAGAACGAGCCAGCUACUACUCACCGAAUAAAGUGAUGCUGCCCAUAAGAGUGGCACAAGCUCAGAGCAAGGCUGAUGGCAAGGUUGAGGAUGAGGAAGGGGAUUAUGCUAUUCCUGCCGACAUGGAAGUGGAGAUCUUUGACGACUUUUCAGCAAAUGCUGGAAUUUGA